CUGUGGCUGCGUGUUGUUUGUUUGGAACUGUUGAAGGUGCUUUAGAGUGGUGGCCCUGAGGUUUUCUCAGCAGAGGAACGGGGUUCCUAAAGCAUCUCUUGCUAUCCCCCCACCCCACAGAGAACUCAGCAGGAAUGGGGCCAAGGGAUGUGUUCUCCUGAGGGUGAAUCACAGCUAUCAGCCUUCCCAUGUGAUGAUGAAAGAGAGGAAUGGCAGGAGACAGUGACACCUACAUCCCUACGAGAGCCCGGAGGUCCACGAAGGACAGCAAUGCACUGGGCACAGUGUGUUAAUGGAUCGGGGAGUGACCUGCCUGCAAGUGGCACCUCGCAUCAAGUGCCCAGGAGCAGCGUGAGGGGUAGGAUGCAUAAAGGUAUGACCCUUUCACUCUCCUACUGAGAAUCUUUCCUGCACCUCCUGAUACUGUCUGCAUCCCAAAAAGCCUAGGGAUAUCACUGGCAAACACUGCAGCAGCAAAUUAUAGAAUCGUAGAAUUAUUUGCGCUGGAAAAGACCUUCAAAGACCAUCUAAUCCAACUGUCCUGCUCUGGGCAGGACAUACUGAUCAUACAGCAGAUCAUACUGAACCGUUCUGCCAGGAGGGGACAGCCAGCUUGGGUGGGUUGUGUCAACUCAGCAGAGUUUGCCACUGCUUUUGGUUGCCAGCUUCGUGCUGCAGCUGUGCCCAGCCCUGCAAAGCUAAAGCUUGGGGAGAAGCUGCCUUGCUGCCUUGCGUCUGUGUCCCGCUCACCUAGGGGCUGGUCCUGCAACCAGCCGUGGAAAUAUGACCGCCAUUAUACACUAUACAUUACAUACAGCACCUCUCUGCUGUAGGAAUAAAACCUGGGAUCUCCCUGGAGGAUCUGAGCGGGGACAUGUGUGCCUGAGCAGGACCGCUGGAAUCCCCUGGCACCUAUCUUCACCCCUGUCCUCUCUUGAGCAUCCUUUCUCUCACCUUCUGGUUGGUCUGUGCUUGCUUCUGCUGCAGCCCAUCACACUGUUACCAUCAUGCCAUCCUCAUCCCCUGCCCAUCAUGAUGCCCAGCACUCCUGAUCAUUUCCCCAAAUCCCCUUUCCCUUAUGCAAAUGGCUACUAAGAACACUUAAUCAUCCUUGUUAAUUGUCUUUGCCCUACCCUCUUUCCCCCCACACCCCCCCGAGCCCUCCUGGGGACUUUCUCACAAAUGGUGUCUAACUUUUCCCUUCUGUGUUUUGCUUUUCCACAACACCCUGCUUCCAGUCCCCCCCAGUCCUCUGUUUACACAACUGGGACAAAUUUCACACCCUGGGGACUGCUACCCCUGAGCCCCCAGUCCAACACUCUCCUGCCACAAAGAAUUUGCGAGUCACUGGUGAGGGCAGAGCUAUAUAUAAACCUAUCCUCACAAAGGGCCUGCAGCCUUGGAGGGGACACCAUUGCCACCAUGGAAGCUGCUGCAUGUUGCCUGUCUCUCCACCAGCUCCCGUUGCACACAGCUGGUGCUUGCCCAGCCCCGGGGCUGCAGCAGAGGGGAAGGUACUUUGGGUGCAGCAUGGCUGGGGGGGCUGGAGUGGGCAGCAAUGGUUAGGUGGGAAGGCUCCAGGUGAGUUUGGGUGAAGGCUGUGUGCUCCUGGUUUAGGUGCGGACUCCCACGAUCCCAGCACUUUAAGUGCAGAGCCUAGGAAGAAAAUCUGGGAGCUCCUGCAGGGAAGAGACCACAAGUGGGGUGGUGGAUAUGCCUGGCACCAGGGCAGGGGUUUUGGAUGUACUGGCAAAACUGGGGUGUGUGGCUGGGGUGUGGGUGAGCAAGGCAGGGGGGGGAAAUGCAGGGUGGCCACUGUGCUCAUCUUUCUGUCUCCCCAAGACCCAAGCCACUCUGGAGACCAUGGCUGCCCCAGGAGGAAUACACAACCAGAUGGCAGAGGGAACAGAUGGACACUGUUCAGCCCCUCGAUGCUGCAGGAGACCACAGCAGUGACAAAGCACUAACACUGUUCCGCCACCCGGUCAGGCUCCUGUGGCCCAAAUCCAGAUGCUUCGACUAUCUGUACAGCGUGGGGGAGAAACUGCUCGAGAACUUCCCGGUGCAGGCCACGCUCUGCCUCUACGAUGACUCAGACAGCGAGGGGGACGAGGCCGAAGAUGACGAUGAGGACGGGGAUGAGGGGAACGAAGGCGAGGCCGGAGGUGCAAUGCCUGCGGUAGGGGCAGGCUCCCCGCGGCCGGCCUGAGUGCAGCACACGUGGCACAGGGACGGAGGAUGACCGAGGCGCAGGGCGGUGCGGGGCCCUCGUGCCGCAGGACGGCGUGAGCCGGGUCCGGCUGCUCGAGCAGCCGUGACGCUGAGCGCGGUGCAGAGCCCAGCCCCGUGGAGCGGGCGCAGGGCCCGGCGGGGCUGGCAGACGGUUUGUGGAGAAAUAAAGCGUGUGAAACUCCGACGGCCUCCGCGGUGUGAGGGACGGGGCGGGGCAGCCCGCAGGCCGUGACCGAUCUCCGAUCGCGGCCCUGCAGCGCCGCCCGCAGCACGAAGCGCUGCGCCGCAGCGGGCGUGGGACUACUACU